AUGUCUAAACUAUAUAUCUCGACCGCCAACUGCGGAAAAGCGCAUGAAACCGAUAUUUUUGGUCUUUGCGUAUCGAAUCCUUAUACUGCCACUGUUUCUGGUGACGGAUACAUCAAAUUAUGGCAAAAUAAGCUGCUGGAAGGCUCCAUGCCCAAAGAACAUGUGUUGACCAAAUUUGUUCACAAGACGGGACUUCAUCAUGUGGAUACAUUCCAUUCGCUCGAACAAGGUGGUCUUGAAGUGUUUCUGGCGGCUUGUGUUUCUUUCUCAGGCCAACUUUUCCUUUACAGCGUGGAUUCAACAACUGGACAAUUCGAAGAACUGGAUCUCCUGUCCAAAAGUGAAAAGCUGAAGUCCUACUGGUGCGUGAAAUUCUUUAAAAGCGAUGAUCGGACCACAUCCCAUAAACUGGUUGUGACUGACGUGAAAGGAGGCACGCUCGUGUGGGAUUUGAACGUUUUCAGGCAAAACGGGCAAAAUCAAGAUGGUGAAGUUCCUCAAGAUGCCGCCGUUGCUGGCGAAAAAGACCUUCAUCUUGUGUUUCUCGGAGAAAUACCAGCAACUGAACCAAAAUUCGCCACAAGCGUUGAUGUCUCUGUGAAAGGUACGGUUGCAACCGGGUUCCAGGAUGGAAGUGUGGUGGUUUCUCAACUGCAAACCUUAAGACCAAUUUACAAUUUCGAAGGAUUCGGUAUCAAAGGUACUGAAGCAAGUAGUGGAACUGUACGGGACGUCAGAUUUUCCCCCUUGGGUGGCCUUUUGGCUGUUGCUAACGACUCAGGAUCCUAUGGGUCUGUAACGCUUUAUGAGACCCAAUACGGUGAACGUGUUGGUAAUCUUACAGUCCCGACGCAUAGCAGCCAAAACAGUAUUGCUAGUUUUACACAUGACGGUUGGGUCUUUGGCUUAAGCUUCAAUAGUACCGGCGAGUACUUGGCAACUUGCGGCUAUGAUGGAAAAGUUCGCGUUUGGGAUGUCAAACAAAGAGAACGGGUCAGUACGCUGAAUAUAAGCGCAGAAGAUAUUGAACAAGAAGAAGAUAUUGUAUCGCAGGACGAGUAUGGAGAUUCUCUAAAGACGCCGCCUGUGAUGGGAGUUUCGUUCAUAGAUAAAGGUGUCCGCGGUGGAAUUGGCGGUGACACUAACGAAGGAAUUACUUGCGUGUGCUUGGAUCGGAGUGUGCGUUGGUUCAGAGAAGCUGGUGGUGUAUGA